CCCAAGGGCCCGAUGUUUCCGAGGUACGUUUGGCUGCAGUAGAUGCGUUGCUCAUGCACUGACGCUGUGGCGUUAGACGACGCAGGAGGAGAGCACGCCCGCAAGGUGUCGCCGCAGGUACCGCGGCUGCCACAGCCACGAACGCAUAGGUACUGCGUCAUCUGCCGUCUCCCGUCGGCGUCGUAUCUUGCUUUUGUUCUUGUCUGCUCUAUCUGUGUGCGUUUCCUUGUGUACCUAGAACAUUUUAUCCUCCGCGAGAGCUUCCCUUGCUCGCCAUCCCUCACCUGUACAGCCCUCAUCUGCAUACCCUGCAUUGCUAGCCAUAGCUCCAUUACGACAGUGCAUGUCUUUGUUUUCUGAGUUCUCGGAUUCCAUUUUCCCCGUAUGAUCGGAUGUGUGAGAUAGCAGCUACUGUACUAUAAUAGUGUGCCAGCAAUAAUCUCUCUCUCCCCUUUCUGCGAUUGGGAGUGUCCUGUAUCCUGUGUCUAGAUGCUUCGCAGGGAAAGCACAGCUUGCUUCGUAC